CAAACAUAAGUAGAAACGAAACGAAAAUCGACGAAACGAAACCAACUUUGUUCACUUUGUUGAUUUGUUGUUGAUUUUAGCAUUUGUGUUUUAGUUUAUAAAUAAUUCACACAGUUAGAGUAUAUUUAAUUCUUGUCUUGGCUAGUUAUCUUCUGAACCCAGAGUACAGUUCAAGGUUCAUAUCGACUCAAGAAACGGUAAACAUAAAGUAUAUUGACUUUUAUCCAUUAUACCAACAAUGAAUGAUAUCUUACUGAUAGUGACUUAAUACAAGAGAUAAAAUUCUACAUUAUAUUGCUGGAGAUUUGUAGAUUGCUUUAUGAAACUAAGUCCACCAGGGAGCUAAGAUGGAUGUUAUUAUAAAAGUAAAUAACCAGUCAAAUGGCAGAGAUAAAAUAGCCAGACUAAUACAAUACACAAGUCGCCUGGUGUGGCACCAAUUGGAAAUCAGGAAUGCAAACAAAUAUUCAGUCGAUAGAAUAAAAAAUUUAGAACAGACAUUUAGUUCUUUUCGAAAAAUUUUAAGGCUUGGAAGAUGCAUAGACAUCUGUUACACUGCCUUGAACAGCAUGCACAUUGAUGAUCCUAUAUUAAGAGUAACACUUACCAUAAGCAAGUUGGCCCAUGCCCUAUUCCUUUACUCUGACCACAUAGUAUGGCUCACAAAAAGUGGAUUCCUUAAAACAGACUCAGAAAAAUGGAACAGAACAGCAAACAAAUUCUGGCUACUUUCAAUAAUUGCGAACUUAGCUAGAGAUUUCUACGAAAUUGUUCACCUUAUGGAUUUGCAUAAAUCCACAUUUUUGAAGCCUUCGGAACUAUUGAACACUGCAAUUAGAAACCAUAAUUGGAAUGACAGUGUGAAAAAUAUGUAUAUGUUGAUGUCAUGUCAUAAGGAUGUUUUUAUUGAUACUUUGAAGAAUUCCUGUGACAUAUUCAUUCCCCUGACAGCUCUAGGGUUUACUAAACUUAGCCCGAGCACUGUAGGAGUUCUGGGGGCAGUAUCGUCACUAGCUGCUUUAGUCACUGUUGUGAAACCAAUUACUAAAUUGGUUCCAGCUUGAAAUUGUUAUUGUUUGGAUUUGUUCCAUUAUGGUGCUGGGCUUGCAUUCUGAAUGUGUAGAUUGUGAUAUAUUAUGUUGAGUACUUUGUAAAGUAUACCUAAAUUUUUAAAAUUUUGUAUCAUGAUCAAGGCUAUUCUUAAGUACAGUCAAAAUAAGAAUUAUGUUUGUAUGAUAUAUUUUUUAAUUUACAUGAAUGUAUAAACAGAUGUACUCGUUAUAUUACUUUUUGUAACUUGUAACUUGAGUUCUUUCAAAGAAUGGUACUACAUUACUAUGUAUUUCAUUACAUGUUUUAUUUCUUUUUGUAUCUAUCUGGUGGCACAGUGGUUUACCUACUUGUUAUAAUGAAUACCUAUUAUAUAAGUUAAAUACCUACUGAAAA